GAGUGGGAGCCACACGCCUUUUUCGUCACUUUGACUUGUCCCUCUUGACUUCUAUUAAGUUCUUUUUGCACCCAAUUUGUUUGGUAUUUACUUGACAAGAUUUACUAUGUCACCUAAAUUCAUCACACUUCUUCUGAUUGCUUGCCUUUUUGCAGGAGUAUGCAGUAAAUUUAUCGCAAUGAUUGACCGAGCAGAAGUUGAUCCUGAGGAGACUAUAGACUUGGAGGAGGAUCGCAAGGUGUGCUUCUGCUGUCGCGCAUUCGUCUGCCGCCAUCAAUUAUGUCCUUGUUCGCGGUUCACCGCUCUAUUUUGAUUUUUUUGUGUUUAUUUAAAAAUGAAGUGAAUUAAAGUGACGUGUUUUU